AGCUGUUUUAUGAGGUUAGAGAUGAGCCUUAAAUAACUACCAAUGUAAGCUCAAAAUUAACUUCAUUAAGGGAGGAGCCAGGUGUUAGGGGAGGAGUUAAGAGGACGUCUUGUUUAGGAAACGAAACUUAAGAUUCAUAUUAACCAAAAUCACCCGACGUUGUAUCAGAUCUUUCUUUCAGGAGAGAAAUAACACACAUUUUGGAAAAAAUAGUCUGACAGACAGAAAUCACAACAAGGAUGGCCUCGGCUAAGACUUCCUGGUCUGAGGAGUACUUUUCAUGUUCCAUCUGUCUGGAUGUGUUCAGCAGUCCCGUUUCCACACCAUGUGGACACAACUUCUGCAGAACCUGUAUUAAUAAGUUCUGGGAUGGACAAGUUCAGUACAAAUGUCCUGUUUGCAACCAGAUUUUUAACACUAGACCUGAUCCACAGGUCAAUAUCUUUGUAUCAGAGAUGGCUGCUCAGUUUAGAACAUCUGUACGAGUAAAAGAGCAGCCUCGUGUUAAACCAGGAGAAGUUCCCUGUGACGUCUGUACUGAGAUCCGGCUGAAGUCUGUGAAGUCCUGCCUAGAGUGUUUUAUGUCUUUCUGCCAAACACACCUGGAGCCGCAUCAGAGAUUCACAAUCCUGAAGAAACAUCGGCUGGUCGAGCCAAUUGACCGUCUGGAAGAAAGGAUGUGUAAGAUACACGACAGAUUCCUGGAGCUCUUCUGCAAGACUGAACAGGUGUGUGUAUGUCAGUCCUGCACAGAGGGUGAUCACAGGUCCCAUCCUGUUGUACCUCUAAAGGAGGAAUAUGAAGUGAAGAUGGCCCAGCUGGGGAAGAUGGAGGCUGAAGUUCAGCAGAUGAUCCAGGAGAGACAAAAAAAUAUUCAGGAGAUUAAAGACACAGUUAAACGCAGCAAAGCAGAAGCAGACAGAGAGAUAGCCGAUGGUGUGCAGGUCCUCACUGCUCUGAUGCACUGCAUUAAAAAGUGCCAGGAUGAUCUCAACCAAUUGGUUAAAGAGAGACUGAAAUCCACAGAGAAACAAGCCGAAGACCUCAUCAAAGAGCUGGAGCAGGAAAUAGAAGAUCUGACCAAUAGAAGCUCAGUGGUGAAGCAGCUCUCAUACACUAAAGACCACCUCCACUUCCUCCAGGCCUUCAGAUCCCUGCAGGACCCUCCACCCACCAGGGACUGGACCACAGUGGAGGUCCGUCCUCCAUCAUACCUAGGGACCUGGAGGAGAUUCCUGGAUCAGCUGGAGGAGACACUGAAGAUGAAGACUAAGAAGCUACGUGAUGUUGUUCAACUGAAGAGGGUCCAGCAGUAUGAAGCAGAUGUGACUCUGGAUCCUGAUACAGCUCAUCCCAAGCUCAUCCUGUCUAAGGAUGGGAAACAAGUCCAUGAUGGAGGUGUAGCGAAGAAACUCCCAGACAACCCUAAGAGAUUUACACAUUGUUUAUUUGUCGUCACGAGGCAGAGUUUCUCUUCAUUGAGAUUUUUCUUUGAGGUCCAGGUUAAAGACAACACAUUAUGGUAUUUAGGAGUGGCCAGAGAGUCCAUCAACAGAAAAGGUGGGACCAUGUUUACCCCUGAGACGGGUUACUGGAUUCUCUACUACUACAAUGGUGGGUUGGUAUUCAAAGGUAACCCUGAUGUCCGUAACCCUCUGAGAGCUGAGCUCCAGAAGGUGGGGGUGUUUGUUGAUUAUGAUGAGGGUCUGGUCUCCUUCUAUGAUGUGGAAGCCAUGGUUAAUCUCUACUCUGCUACCGGCUGCACCUUUAGAGAGCCUCUCUAUCCAUUCCUCUGUCCGUGUUUAUGUGAUGGAGAUAAAAACUCUGCCCCCCUGAUCAUCUCACCUGUCAAUCAAACAGACUAGUACAUUUGUUUGAUGAUGAAAAAUCUAACAACCAAAAUAACUAAUGUUUCCGGAAUGGGAAUCUCUACCAUGGGAGAUCUGAGAAAACUGUAUUCAUAUUGUACUGUUCACUGUUUUUUAAAAACAACAAAAUGUAUUAAGCAACUUACACUGUGUACUAUAACAAAUAUGAUUCAUUCUAACUGGUUGGACUACUCUUAAAUGUUCAAUGUAUUUUUUUCUUCGUUUUUUAAAUAAAAGUAGGUUACUUGAAAGUGUAAAAUGUUAUUUUUAUUAUUAUUAUUUUGAUCAUUAUCAAUCAAAUAAAUAUACCGUUUUGUUUUUUUAAA